AUGGAGAAUCCCGCGUUCAACGGAGGUCCCUCGGCCCACGGGCUGGACGUGCGGGGCAUGCUGCAGCUGGCGCGGCAGCGGGUGGACGAGGGACAACCCUCCGCGGCGCUGCAACUGGUGAGCCUCUGCCGUGUGACUGUGUUGAGAGCGCAGGGCGGGGAGGCAGCAGUGCUGGCAGCACUAACUCGAGCCCGAGCCCUGCACCACGACCAGCGCCAGAUGCAGCAGCUACAGCAGGGAGCUGAUGACAUCACCGCCUUGCUGGCGCGCUGCGCCAUCGACAGCGCUGACGUGGCGGUGCCAGCUGGCGGCGGGCAGAUGGCGGCAGGGGGAAGUGCGAUGGCAUGGGGAGGCGGGAACGUGGGCAUGGGGGGGAAUGGCAUGGGGGACAGCAGCAUGGGGGGAAGCAGCAUGGGGGGGAGCAGCAUGGGGCAGCCGCGUGGGGAAGGGGCAGUAAACGGGGGAAUGGAGGGGGUGGACGGGUAUGGCUUUCGUCCUGGGUAUGGAGCAGCAGAGCAGGCAGCAAGCUAUGGAAUGCUCCCAACAGAAGCAGGCUAUGGGGUGGAUCAAGCAGGGAGGCAAGGGAUAGACCCAGCAGCAGCAGCAUAUGGGAUGGAUCAGUCAGGGAGGCAUGGGGUGGAUGGGGCGGCGAUACUGGCGGGGCAGGGGCGCAUGCAAGUGAUGGCGGAUGCAGGUUUUGGGGCGCCCCAUGAUACAGCAGCAGCAGGAUUCGGAAUGGGGGGGCAUGGGGUGGAUGGGGCGGCGAUACUGGCGGAGCAGGGCCGCAUGCAGGUGGUGGCGGAUGCAGCAGCGGAUGGCAGCAGUGUCACGUGCAGCAUGUGCCGGGGGGUGAUUAGCGGGGCAAGGUGGAAGGAGCACGUGCAGUUCUGGUGCCGUGCUGCUGUGCAUGGCCCCAUGGCAGAUGGCAGCUGGUCGCCUUGA